GCGACGCCCCAGCGGUUUCUUCCGGAAGAAGCGCGGGCCGGGCCGGGGCGGGUUGCAAGGUCGGCGGCUUCCGGGCGGGUCCGGCGCAUCGUGGGUGCUGGUGGGUGUUUCUGCCGUGGGGCAUGGCGGUUCUGCCAAGUUGUGGUAUUUUUUUUUCGUUUUGCAAGGCGUGAGGGCCAGGGUGUGAUACGCGACCCGUCAUCUUAUUCUACCCCGGUUCCGGCUGCAUUGUGGUGGUGUGCUGGGUGCAGUUUCUCUUCUCGUCGGUUUGGCGUGAAUUUUUCCCCCCAUAUCUUUUUUUUUGUUUUUUAUUAUGAAAGGAUUUUUGGAGGUGCUUUUUUUCUUCUUAGGAUGGCUGUUUUUUCUUGUAUGCGAUGCGGCUACAUGUACGAAUUUCUCGUUUCAAACAGUUAUUAUCGUAAACUAACGCUGCGCAAUGAUCACUGCCCACGGUGUGACCAAAUUUCCCUAUUUCGGUUUAUGAGCGUGAGUGGAAUGGUGGGAAAGAUGCCGUACAAGCCCGUUGGUGUUCCUGCUCCUUCAUAUGCGACGCUGUGGUGGCGGAAAAAACGUGAUGGGAAAAGUGCUUCGGCACCACUAGAUGCAGUAUGCAAGAAUGAUCGGUGGUAG